AUGGACGAAGACUUGCUGGAACAGGCCAGCGACGAAGCCACCGACCUGAAAAGAGCUGGAAAGAUGCAGCCGCCACCAGCGCAGCUCGUCGACGCACUCCUGGGACCCGAGGGCACCAACGAGUACUGUCGCCUGGACCAGCUGCCUGAGGAUGAGGGCGACGAGGAUGUCGAAGUCGGGCCCGAGUUAACGAAGCUUAACCAGCGCUUGCACCAGAUAGCAGGAGCAAGCAUCACGGUUUGCACUAGCGACGGCUUGGACAACUGCGCCAAGUCUGGCGACUACCUAGUCCGAGGAGGCGACUUCGCCGAUGAGAUCGCAGAGCUCACCGAGGCGGUUGCGCUGAGCAGUGCAGAAAGCGAGCUCUACGCCCUCGUAGUCGGGCACGUCUUUGGAGUCUGGUGCAGCUAA